UGGAUCAAACCAACCCGAGCCUCCAGGAUGAGGGAUAAGAGAGCAGACUUCACGGCCGGUUGUCUGGGAGGAAGGGUCAUCGUUGCAGGGGGACUAGGAAACGAGCCGUCACCCCUGUCGUCAGUGGAGAGCUACAACCCUGUGAAGCGGCGUUGGGAGUACGCUGUCCCCAUGCCCAGCCCCCGCUGCUGCUGUGCCCCCCUGCAGACCCCCAACAUGCUGUUCCUCAUCGGGGGUGUGGCCCAGGGGCCCAGCAACGCCGUGGAGGCCCUCUGUCUCAGAGAGACUGUGUGAUACACACUGGCAUGGCUACACACACUGACAAACACAGCCAAGGACUGUGGCGCUAUUCGUGCAUACACCAGUACAAACACAUUAUUUGUGUACAGGUGAGGGACACACACACUCACAUAGACUCUUGUUUGCACCUUCGGAUAUUGACCUGGAAACCUGUCACAAAGGAAUAUCGGAGUAGUCGAACAAAUAACCAAAAACCAGCACCACACACACACACACACACACACACACACACACACACACACAAUACUCAUUUGAACCGUACAGCAUUUUCAGGAUAAAAGCAGGGUACUUUUCUGGAAAUGAAAGGAACUUGGGGCCAUAUGGUACAGUGGCUUGUUUAGACACUUUUUAUCACCUUAGAAAAGUUCAGAGUUUAGGAUACAACAUUUGAGUAUGUGAGCGUGUGUUUUGGUACCUGUUGCAUUGUUGUUAACGUGGUGUUAAAAUCCCACACUCCUGAAUACCACCUCUAGAAUGGCCAGCCAAUACCUGCACUGUGGCACCAGAGACUCGGAAUAGAGCGCUUUGGCACUAAGCCACAUUUCCCUGAAGCUUAAAGACAUAUUUUUGGAGAAAAAAAAAGAAGUCGUAUUUUACAUCAGAGCUUAGCAAUGAAACUUAGAGAAUGAAACAAUGUAAGCGUUGUUUUUAAAGGGAGAAUCAAUAGCUCUUAACAGGAAGACCAUGCUGCAUUUUCCUGAGUCCUCCUGUACAUAUACCAUGCUUAUUCAACCUUGCCCUUUCAAGGCACAAACAAGAAAUAGAGAGAACACACAGAAGGGCAGCAGAAGGGUUUUUAGAGAUGGUAUUAGUGGACAGAGGGUGACCUCAAAAUAUAUUUUUUGUAUGUAUUUUAUGAGUGUUUUCUUUCCUUGGCCGCCCCUGUAAAACACCACAUUCUAUGGAUCAUGAGAUUUUAUUUAGGAUGUCCUCCUAACCUAAGCUGUCACCACUGUCUCUUAUACCGGUUCAGGCUGUGGCUUCUGCUCUCUUUGAUUACAGCAUCACAUGAUGCAGCAGGCUGGUUAGGAGGGCUACAGGGGGCUGGUUAGGAGGGCUGGGCCUGGUGAGGAGGACUGGGCCUGGUUAGGAGGGCUGGGCCUGGUUAGGAGGACUGCAGGUGGCUGGUUUCGGAGGGCUGCAGGGGGCUGGUUAGGAGGGCUGGGCCUGGUGAGGAGGACUAGGCCUGGUUAGGAGGACUGCAGGGGGCUGGUUAGGAGGGCUGGGGCUGGUUAGGAGGGCUGUCUCUGCUUAGGAGGGCUGGGCCUAGUUAGGAGGACUGCAGGGGGCUGGUUAGGAGGACUGGGGCUGGUUAGGAGGACUGCAGGGGGCUGGUUAGGAGGACUGCAAGGGGCUGGUUAGGAGGACUGGUGCUGGUUAGGAGGACUCCAGGGGGCUGGUUAGGAGGACUGGGCCUGGUUAGGAGGACUGCAGGGGGCUGGUUAGGAGGACUGGGCCUGGUUAGGAGGACUGCAGGGGGCUGGUUAGGAGGGCUGGGGCUGGUUAGGAGGGCUGUCUCUGCUUAGGAGGGCUGGGCCUAGUUAGGAGGACUGCAGGGGGCUGGUUAGGAGGACUGGGGCUGGUUAGGAGGACUGCAGGGGGCUGGUUAGGAGGACUGGGGCUGGUUAGGAGGACUGCAGGGGGCUGGUUAGGAGGACUGGGGCUGGUUAGGAGGACUGCAGGGGGCUGGUUAGGAGGACUGGGCCUGGUUAGGAGGACUGCAGGGGGCUGGUUAGGAGGACUGGGGCUGGUUAGGAGGGCUCCAGGGGGCUGGUUAGGAGGACUGGGUCUGGUUAGGAGGGCUGCAGGGUUGGUGACACUUAUAUUCUAGAGACUAUUAAAUAGCUUAUGGUUUCAUUCUAGCACAUAGAUGCACUCCCACAAUCACAUACAUAUUUCUAGAACACCAUGAUGAUGUCAUUGAGAUAUUCCCUUGGGGAGUGCAGUGUCUUUCUAAACAUGCUUUAGUGCCAGUUGAUAGAUUUAUUUCUGGCUACAUGGGGAGCUGUGUUUGUGUACGCUCCAAGGCUCACCACAGGGAUCUGGCUGGCUGGCAACAGCAAUAAAGUGAUGGAUAGAACACAAAUAUAUGUAUAUACGUAACUGGAUUCUCAUCAGUGGAGAGAGAAUGCUGUAUUUAGUAGCAGUCUGUAGGAGGCCCAUGAAUACAGUUUAUAUAUACAGUGAGGGAAAAAAGUAUUUGAUCCCCUGCUGAUUUUGUACGUUUGCCC